UCACUCACUGCAUUUUACCCAAGGAGCGUGUGCGAGCUUAGGCUCCGUACCUCACUGCAUGCCACCCAUCUCUCUGUCCCCCCGCUCUCUCCUCCUCUUCCCCUCUCUCUCAAUCAUUAAUUCUGAUGCUUUGUGGAUGUGAAUCAGGGGAAUUCCUGUCUCUGAAACCGACCUUCCUUCCGUGCAUCCAGGAUCCUCCCAAGCUGGUCUGUCUCAGCUGCACUCUUCUAUCCCUGUCCGUUAGAAAUGUGGUGCUCUGUGGCUCUGGUCGUCUGUGGAUUCUCUGCUUUGGUCCAGGUGUCGGAGCAAGGCCCUCACCAGAGGACCCUGUUAAAGAACCUUCUGAAGGACUACAACCGCAUGGAAAGGCCGGUGGGCAACGAUUCACACCCCCUCACUGUCUCCUUCACUCUCAGCCUGAUUCAGAUCAUGGAUGUGGAUGAGAAGAAUCAGAUCCUCACCACUAACAUUUGGCUUCGGAUGAGCUGGUAUGAUCACUAUCUUCAGUGGAACCAGUCUGAAUAUCCUGGUGUGAAAAAUCUUCGGUUCACAACUGACCAGGUUUGGACACCAGAUAUCCUCCUCUACAACAGUGCAGACGAUGACUUUGACUCCAGCUUCAAGACCAAUGUUCUGGUCAAUUCCAGUGGCUUCGUGGAAUACCUGCCUCCUGGGAUUUUCAUGAGCACAUGUAACGUGGAUGUCCGUUGGUUCCCCUUUGACAUCCAAAAGUGUGAGAUGAAGUUUGGCUCGUGGACAUACGACGGCUGGCUCAUGGACCUACAAAUGACCGACGCCGACAUCUCUGGCUACAUGUCCAAUGGCGAGUGGGACCUAGUGGGAGUGCCAGGUACCCGUAACGAGGCAUUCUACGAUUGCUGUAAGGAGCCCUACCCUGAUGUGACGUUCGUCAUAACCAUCCGCAGGCGCACCCUCUACUAUGCUCUGAACUUGCUCAUCCCCUGUGUGCUGCUGUCCUCCAUGACCCUGCUUAUCUUCGUGCUUCCUGCAGACUCUGGGGAGAAGAUCUCUCUGGGUAUCACUGUGCUGCUCUCGCUCACAGUGUUCAUGUUACUGGUGGCAGAGAUCAUGCCAGCCACUUCGGAUUCCAUCCCUCUCAUAGGACAGUACUUUGCCAGUACAAUGAUCAUUGUUGGGAUGUCAGUCAUAGCUACAACAGUGGUUCUGCAAUAUCAUCACCACGAUCCUAACGGAGGACAGAUGCCCAAAUGGGUCAAUGUGGUCCUUCUGCAGUGGGUAGCGUGGUUCCUGCGUAUGAAGCGCCCAGGCGAGAGUGAUGACCCAGAACGCCCCCCCUGUGCCCCCAACCUGCGACGCUGCUCCUCGAGCUCGCAGAGCGGUAGCAUCCCCAACCCUCCAGAACCCCCACUCCACCCGCUGCACCCGCAGAACCUUCCUCCUCUUCAGGCUGGCCCUCUGCACGCAGGUCAUCCACACCUCCAUGCCCAGUCCAGCGCCCACAACAAUGGAAAUCUGCUUUACAUUGGCUUCCAGAACCUGGACGACCCCCCGCUGCUCCCGGAGCACAUCCCGAGGAACAGCAUCUCAGCGGGACCUCCUCGAGUAGCGGGUAGCCCCCCUCCCCAUCUCCCACCUCAGUUUUGCAGCUCUUCCCCACCCCCCACAGUCAAUGCAGACACAGUGGGCUGCCCUAGCACUGUAUCCAGUGGCGGGGGCUUUGGAAUGGGGGCUGGCGGCCAGUGCUCAUCGGGGGUUAUUGGUGACCCGCAGCUUCAGGCUAUUCUGGAGGAGGUGCGUUACAUGGCGGAUCGCUUCCGAGAGCAAGAUGAAACCGAGAGCACAGCCGACCAGUGGAAGUUUGCGGCAUCCGUAAUUGACCGCCUGUGUCUGGUUGCCUUCAGUGUGUUCAACAUCAUUUGCACCAUCGCCAUACUCAUGUCCGCUCCCAAUUUUGUGGAGGCUGCCUCCAAAGACUUCUUCUGAGGAAGAAGAAUAUGGGACAAAGUAAGAUAAGGUUAGAGAUCAAGGGAGGAGGGAGAGGAGAAAGGGAAGGUUGCACUAUGAUUCAGGGCUCGGUCUGACAGGGCUAUUGCCAGGGAAACUAACCAUCUAAGACACGGUGGAGAAGGAAGUCGAGAGCUUUUAGGAGACACCCAGUUUUGGAAUGGUCCAUCCGGCAACGAAUUUUGGCAUUGUGGGUCAUUGGAGAAAGGAAAAGUAGCAGUGAUUUUACGAUACAACAAUCCGAAAAGGCAUGCUUCAUGAACCACUAAGGGUGAGACGUAGAGGGUGAAGAAGACUGAAUUGAAUCACAACGCUUUCUCAAAGACCUUGAAGAACUGACGGUCAGUGGGAAGGGCAAGAAGAAAAGAUGCGCAUGGUACAAUUCAACCUGAGAUUGAAACUAGAUAAAAAAGAGACAGGUUGGAAAAGAUGGGCAGAUAGGGUUGUUUUAUUUACCGGCAGAGAAGAUAACCCUUCACACUAAAAUCCCGGAAAAGAAAGGCUGCAUUAUUUACAGAGAUAGGGCACUGGGGGAGAGAAUUAAUUUACAAGGAGAGUAUGACAGAGUGAAAGGAAAGUAAAAACAGUGACUGGGCCAUGUCUACAGGCCUGGGAUAGGUAACACUUAGAUCUCCGGGAUGGAUACUAUGGAUAAUACGGGUGUCUUUCUUGAUGAAGUUGAAGCACUAUAAAUGCAAUCCCAUUGAAAAGCCCCACUUCCUUACCUAGGCCUGAUUUGUCAUUGAAUUGCCAGAGUCUAGCAAUCCUCAGAUGCUUUCAAUCAGUACUGCAGGUGAUUGCGCAACUGCAUUAGUGCAAAAAAAUCAUCAGUGUAAUUGCCAGUAAUUGUGUUACAGUGGAGGGUUAAUCCAAUAUCAAGCCAUAGACCACGUCACGUAAUAGAAUUUGCUAGGUCCUCAUAGAGAAAGCUGAUCUUAUUGAGCUCCAAAGUAAAAGCUUUAAUACAGUGAAUGUGAGAUCAGCAACUUUAAGGAGAACAUGAACAGUGAGCCUCAAGAUGAACACAAAAAUGAGUUGGAAGUAUAGUAUUAUCUGUUAUAUUGCACAAUAUGGUUAACAAUUGAUGGAUAUGUUUUAUUUCCUCUCAAUGUUUUCAUUCUUUCCAAAUUCAACAUGCAGAUUAAAAUAUGCAGUAUUUGUAUGAGAUUUAUUUUGAACACCAGAGACAGGUUCUGAAAGUACUUGUGUCUCAACUAUCUUUCUAAACUGACGCAUCCCAAACAGCACCUCCUUUUCCAUAACAAAUACUGCACUAUUAUUGACCAAGACCUAUAUGCCUCUGGUCAAAAGCGGGACACUAUUUAGGGAAUAGGGUGCCAUUUAGGAGAACGCUUUUCUAUAAAGCAAACACGUAAAAAAACUUACAUUUCCCAUCCUCAAAUAAAGUAUUUUUUUUCCCUAACCAUCCUUGCCUGCCUCCUUUCCGCAACUGAGGUAUAGCUAAUAUACCAGGGCUGAUAUAUACGCAGGAGAAAAAUGACAGAGAGGGAGAGGGGCAAAAAAAGUGCUGAUGUGCAGCUAGCACCAGACAGGGUUUUAAUUGAUCACUCUUUCAGGAAGAGAGGGAAGGACGAAGGCAGGGAUGGAUGGAGGGAGUUAAUGGAGGAGAGAGGCUCACGCUCUGUAAUUUACCAGAUUUACGAGUGGACCAGGGAGAUAGCGGCGAUUCGACAAAGCAUAACUCAGUCACACAUCAGUCACACAAUAAACCACAACGCAAAAUAUGUAGUAUAGUGAUAGCACAUUUUCAAAUGUCAAUGGAGUCUAUUGACAGGGAAGCUUCUAGGUCGGUGUGUGUAGAUGUCAGGCAUCGCAUGCAAUACUUCCUCAAAGUUAUUUUACUUCGUAAUUGGUAUGAGUACAGUGUCUUCAGAAAGUAUUCACAUCCCCUUGGCUUUUUCCACAUUUUGUUGUGUUACAAAGAUAUUUCAUUAUUUCUGUUUAGCCAGGGCUAGUCCACUCAGUAACAUUUGGAUCAAAAUGUAUUAAAAUGUAUUUAGUACUCAGUUUUCGUCAACGACUUACACAAAAUACCAUGUCAUGUAAAAUGUAUUAAUGCAAAUAUGAAUUGCUCAGGAACCACACCCGCGAUUUUAAUAUACUUUGAAUUGAGUUUGAAGUUUUUCCUUCAGUUUGCAAUUUUUUGUUUGCCUAUUGUUAUUUUUUGACUGAAUUAAGCUCCGUAUAAGCUUCAUUAUUGAAUAUUAUUUGGGUAAUUAUUGUGGAACAUCAAAUAUGUUGUUGAUUCAUCCAUAGUUUUCUUACAAUAUUCAUUAAACUCAGUUACUGUUUUAAAAUCACUGUUAUAAAAAUGAUAUUA